UUUGCAGUCCAACUACAAUACAUCGCUAAAUCAUAACUAAAUGACUACGGCUGCUCUCUCUUAUGAGCAAUUGCUACUGCAAAGGUUAGAAGAACGUAACAGUCGAGAGCAUGCAUAUACCGUAUUCGUACAAAGCAACCAACAGUUGCUUGGAAACCUGAAAGCCCUGCAGAAACAGGUGGCAGAGCUUCAAAAAGCAAAAGACCAUCUCUCGUCUAGAAAUUCUUUGUUAGAGGAGGAGCGAAAUAGUCUUAAUCAACAUGGGUAAGCGACUGGCUUGCUUGUUGAUCUCGCACAAUAUCAUGCCUGACUUGAAAUGUCUCGGUUUAGGUCGCCUGAUAUGCAACAAAAAACAUUACAGCUGAAAGAGGAGCUCCAGCGAUUGAAAGCUGAACAAACAGAAAUGUAUAAAACGCAGGGCCAAAAUGCCCAACGGCUCGUCGAUAUGAACGACAAGUUGCGUUCCUACGAAGAAUCUGACAAAGAAUCGAAAGCCAAACAAAUUGAAAUGGAAGCAAAGAUUAAACAACUUUUAACGAAGCUGGAGCAGCAGACGCAUUUAUUGAAAGAGAAGGACGUUGCCAUUCAGGUACUACAAGAUGAACUUUCAACUCUCCAAUUGGAAUUCUCUACCACUGAGGAGAAGAAUAAGCGACUUGAAAAGGAAAAUGGUGAUUUGGUACAAAGAUGGCUCAAAAAAAUGAAUGAAGAGGCUGAGAAGAUGAAUGAGGCGACCAUGUUUUACGAGAGUCUUGCUGAGCAAGCAAAGAAUAAUGAAAACACCAAAUCAUCAAGGCGGUGGACUUUCCGUUCUAAGUCUUCAGAUGACGAUGUUGAUAGACUGAAAAACAUACAAGAUGUCCCUCUGCGAAUAUCAAUGGUUACUUUACCAUCUGCGCCAUUACAAACCCAAACAAUCAAUGAUGGGGAGAUACAUUGUAUUAACUGUUCGCCGGCGGGAAAUAUGUAUGCCAUCGGUGGCAGCGAUAAGAAAGUCCGUGUUUAUAAUUCAAGGCAAUACAACCUUACGCAUACACUGUCUGGGUCACUACAAACUUUGACCUCGGUUGAUUUCAAUGAGUCUGAGGAGUUUCUUCUCGGCUCAUGUAUGGAUAAUUCCACUCGAAUAUGGGAUCUUGCAUCAUCAAGAAUAAGGCACACGUUGACCGGACACAUUGGAAAAGUCUGUUCAGCAGAGUUCACAGCCGAUACAAACAGAGUGAUUUCUGGCAGUCAGGAUAGGACGUUGAAAGUGUGGGAUCUUCAUAAAGGCUAUUGUACACGAACGAUAUUUACCUUUUCUAGCUGUAACGAUGUCUGUCUAAUCGAUCGUGAAGGAUCCACAAUAGCUAGUGGCCAUCUGGACAAUAAUGUUAGAUUGUGGGAUACCCGUACCGGAAACGGAAUUAAGGAGCUCACCGGCCUUCAUACUGGGCAAGUAACGUCUGUCUCGGUGUCUCCAGAUGGCUCCAAGUUAUUGACCAAUUCACGAGAUAAUACCCUACACUUUGUCGAUUUAAGGAUGUACAAAGUGAUCCGUACAUUUCAAGAUGAAUCUUAUCGAAAUGGCUUAAAUUGGUCAAGGGCGUGCUUCAGCCCUGAUGGUCAUUACGCUGCAGCGGGAUCCGCAACUGGCAACAUUCAUUUUUGGAACACUAUGACUGGCAAACACGAGGCGUCAGUCUCAGGGCAUAAACAACCCAUAUGUGCAGUUGCUUGGAAUCCCCUUGGCACACAGAUGUUUAGUGCAGACCGCAACAAGAGCUAUUGUAUUUGGGACACAUCCAGUCAACUUUAAUGCCAUACCCGUGUUCAUUAUGUAGCACACAUGAUAGUAUGGGAGCACCAAAAAUGUCAACCAUACUAUUGAGCUCUGACUUUUGUACAUUUACAAAUUUUUACUUUUCUUUUGGCUUUCGGUAUUGCUAUUUA